CGGGAGGCGUUUGCUGCAGUGUCGCUCCUAAAUUGAAAGCAGCUGUAAGCAAACGCAUAGGGGCACAAUUUUAGUGGACAAGGAGUGGGGGAAAAAAGAGUAGUCUCAGCCUCUGUAGUCAAGUUGUCUUCUUUCUGAAAUAGUUUUUGUGCUGGGAUGGGUAACCCGGUGUCUUUGCAGUGACUUGAAAUAGUUUGGACUUACAUAAACAGGAAGAUGUGGAGUGGGCUGUUACCUCCAGGACUGAAUGAGAGUGAUGUUGAUCUAAGUUCUGAUGAUGGAGACGAAUCACCUGAUUCCUGUUCAAAGCAAGAUGCAAAAGAAGAUGCUGAAAGAGUUCAGGGGACUGGACAGGAAAGUAAUGCCAGCAGUGAACCUCUUUUAGCAGUGACAGAUGAAGAAAAUGAAUCUCAAACAUGCCCUCCUGGAGUUUCUGUAAAUAUCUGGAAUAAAUUUGUGGAGCUUCAGAAGAAACACCGUGAAAUGAAAAUGCAAGCGAAAGAGGAAAACAGGUGCCGAAAAAGAAAGCGCCGCCGAAAAGCAAAACAGAGAGAGACCGAUGAAGUGGCUAAGAGUAGUCAGCAGUUGGAAAAUGAAGACAAAUGGAAAGAACUUACACAAUACUUUGGAAUCAAUGAUAGAUUUGAAUCACCUGUGGACAGCAGGGCUCCACAAAAGUCUGGCCUUGAACUGAGCAUAGAGAAGUGUGUGGCUGAAGGUGACAUUGCCAAGGCUGAGGAGCUGAGUGACAGAUUAGCCAUUCGUGAGCUUGGUGUGAAAAUUGCCAAAGCUGCCGCUUGCCGCAACUUUGUAAAAGCCAAGCAAGAAGCAGAGGCUGCCCAAGAAGCUCAAAAGAAAAAGAAGCUUGCUUGGGGAUUUGAAGCCAAGAAAAGAUGGGAAACAAAAAGCAACAUGGGAUACAUGUAGUCCAUCCUGUUUUCCUCAGGAGUCAAAUACCUGUUGUAACUUGAAGAAUUUUUGUGGGCAACUUAUUAAAUCUAAACAUAAAACCCCCCAAAACACAACCCACCAAAUGCCAAGUAUUUAUUUUAAUGUUUUUAAACUGCACUGUCUUGUUUUGUCACUCUUAUAAAUAAUACAGCAAAAAUACUAUCUAAACAUCAAUACUGUGUUAAAUUUUCCUCCUAGAUAUGAAACCUAAAGAUAAUGCAUUUCAGGAUGAAUUUGGAGUCUGGUAGAGAAUGUUCUGAAGUUGAAAUAAAAUCCUCGGUCCAAAUGU